AUGGAUCCUUCCUUUGAUAUACCCUGUGAAGCUCGACUAUCGAAUUCAAUUUUCAAAAACCGACUGAAACUAAAUCAAAACAGAACGCCGAGAUCGAAACAAAAACAACUGAUUACCGUCGAUUCGAAUGAUGCCGAGUUAACGCCUGGUGACCCUGAUCCCGUUGAAAAACCAGAAAUGACUUCCGAGAACGAUGAUAAUCGUGUUGUAUAUCGUACGGCAAGUGUGGCUUCUGCUAACCGAGUUAACACUCUUACAAAUCUCUCAAAGGCCGAUGCUUUUCAUCGUUCAAUCUCAUUUAAUCCGUCAAAUACAACUUUAUUCUAUAUUACAUCACCGGCUCCUGAUGACAAUUCAAUGACCUAUUCAAAUUCUUCAGUCACUUCUGAUCAGCCUUCAUUAUCGGUACCUGAGCAAGAAGUUUCAGUGACUUCCAAAGAAGAUUCUCGAAUAUCACAUGAUCAAGCCGAUCAGCGAUUACCAGCUGCACUAAUGUCUAAACAGCCGAGUCCAGUUUCUAUUUUAAUCGACGAUUUCGCCAAUUCAUCAAUUAGUAUCAAUAGCGGUCCGCCUGUAUCGAGACGAACAACGAUUUAUCUUGAAAAAGUACAGGAAAAUCCGAGUAAUUGCCAAUGUGCUGAUUGUAGUUCAGAAAAUCCGACCGUUGCCAUCAUGUCAUGGCUUCUGGUCAUAUGUAAAAAAUGUGCCGCUAUUCACCGUUUAAUAACAUCGGAUUUUCUUCGUCUUCAAUCGUUACUUACGAUUGCGUGUGAUCCUCAUUUAAUCGAAUUAUUAGCUGAGUAUGGAAACCAGUUUUCCAAUAACCUACUGGAAAAUGAGUCAUCGCUAUUGGUGAAGCCAACUGAACAGUCGAAUGAUUUAGAACGUCAACAGUACAUAAGAAAAAAGUAUAUUGAGAAAAUUUAUUUACAAUCGUACUAUCGACAUCGAACACUGUCAGAAGAUGAAUUGAAUAGAAUGUUAUACGAAAACGUCGAAACCACUGAUUAUGGCAAAACGAUACAUUUAUUCAUGUUAGGAGCGAAUGCUAACUACUCGGACAAGAUGUUCUCCGUUGCCGAUCAUGCUAAACGACAUCAACAAACUAAACAGAUGAAAAUCAUUCUCGCCAAUGGUGGUUUUUCUGAUUUUGAUUUCAUGAAAAGCAACGCAGAAGACGUCAAUGAGUCAAUCGUUUAUUUAUCAACUAAAUACAGCACUUUGAAAGAAUUUCUAACACGUUAUGAAAACAAUCAUCUGAAAAUCUUUCCGGUUACAUCUGACAAAUCUCAACGAUGCUUAUUCGAAAUCGAUCUAAAUAACAUUCUUGCUAUUCAUAAUCGAUCUGUACAUGGUGUUUCUUUGAAAUGUCGGCUAUCGAAUGCGCCGCAAGCAAAUGUCAAUUGUCAAUGUUCAUUGAUUGUUGAUGAUCAUAUAUCCACGAAUGAAUAUGAAUGUGUUUUUGCCAGUGAAAUCGAACGUUCCGUUUGGAUACGUGAAAUUAUUAAACGAGAAUAUUCCUAUCAUCAAUUGGUUUAUCCGAAUUUUAUUUUAUUAAUGAAACUGAAUGUACAAGAGGGAAUCAAUGCAGAAAAACAACAGGUUAUUGCCAUUGUCUAUGCCGGACGAUUCGUUCUUUGUUCGGAUACCAUCUUUGAUGAAGUGGACUUGAGAAAAUAUUCGAGCUUAACUUAUCAAAAAACUCCGGAAUUCACUGGUGUGAUUCUCUGUCUUGUUUCCAAUCGAUUUCUUUACCUCUCAUCGCCGAUUAGUAAACUAACGAACAUGUUGUAUUCGUGUCUACGUGAAGCUGUCCAAGUACGAACAUUGACAGAUAUAAAUCAACAGAUAUUAACAUCUCAGAACAUACCAGUGAUUGUCGAACGGUUCGUUAAUUUUAUUUUCGAACGUGGUUUACAAACAAAAGGCAUCUAUCGUCAAGCUGGACAAGAAUCGAAAGUGCGACAAUUAUUGAACGACUGUCUAACAGAUCCAUUUACACAUCUGUUAUCACAUGAAAACUACAGCGAACAUGAUGUUGCCAAUGCUUUAAAACGCUUCCUUCGUCAUCUAGAUGUACCAUUACUCGGCACACGGCAAAGUUAUUAUGCAUGGUUACGUUCAACUGUAGAUGAUACGAUGACCGAAGAUCAGUUAAUACAAUAUUAUCGAGUUUUGAUUAAAGAUCUCAAACAGCAUCUACCGAUUAAUUAUGCAACAUUGAGAUUAAUGUUGAUACAUAUGCAUACAGUUGCGGCGUUAUCUUCAAGAAAUGGAAUGACUCUGUCAAAUCUAAUAUCAACUUUUGCACCGUGUCUUAUCUCUCAAGAUAUUUCUGUCCCGCUGGAUUAUAAAGAUAAUCGAUUCGAAUAUCGAAAUAGAUCGCUUGACGAUCUGGAUAAAAGAGAUUCGGACGAUGACGAAGAGUCCUAUUUAAACCAAAACAACAGACCAACAUCUGCGAAUCUGAAAAGAAAUCAGUCAUUGCAUUCCAGAGCAUCUCGUCGUCUAUCGAUAGCCUCUGCAUCUCCUUCUCAAUUUCCUGUCUCAUCAGCUUAUGUUCAUGUUACACCAUCGAUCCAAGCUAAUCUGAUUAUUCUCACAAACCUUUGUAAAUAUUACUGUGAAUUAUUUGAUAUAACAUACGAGGAACUCGAACAUGAGAAAAAUUGUAUAGAAACUCUAAUCUCAUUCCGUGAAAAUCAACUCAUUCCACGCCUGUUAGAUGGCGCAAUGAUAUCUGUUUAUUUUGAAUCUCGUUCCGAUGAAUUGAACGGUUACGCUAUGAAUAUAUUCGAAGAAGAAACGACUGCCGAUAUGGUUGUCGAUAAGUUACUCAAACAAGUAAAUCAAAAUGAUUGUUUCUUCUGGUGUUUGUUUGAAGUUAUCAUUGAUCAAACUCUUGAACGACCAAUGUACUCUUGUGAGAAUAUAUCCGAUGUUCUAUAUCGUUAUCGAACAUAUCUCUCGCAUGAAUUGAAUCGUCAAGCGACAUUUGUAGUUAAACUCAAUUAUGUUCAAUUCGAAAAAGAACGUUUGGCACAACGACAAUCCGCAGUAAAUAAUCAUUCCACUCAAUGUGAAUAUUUUGAUAUCACUAAUCAACGAUGGAUGCCAUGUUUAUGGAUCUUUGAAAAGGCAACACUUGAAGUUCAUCGGGUAGUAACGAGCGCGAAUGAAAAAUCAGUGAAAUGGAAAGGGAAUGUUAAUUCUCAAGAUUUAACUGCCAGCGUCUCAUUCGAUCAACAAACACUGUUAAAGUCUUGGCCGAUUGAAGAAAUUUAUCUUUACAUCGGAGCUGACUGUCGUUUUGUCACUCCAUUUGAUAUGAAUGAGUAUCGAAUUAUGACUGUUCUACCUCCUGAAAUUCCCGAUGGAAAUUCUAGUCAAUUACCAUUUGGUUUUUCCUUCCGUUUUGCUGACCGUAAUCAAAUGUUUUUCUGGUAUUUGGAGAUCGUGCGGAAUAAUGGUCAUGACAAGUGGAGUCGUCGAGCAUCUCGAACAUUACCAAACGGUAUCAGUUAUUUACCAUUACAAAAUUAUCAUGCCUCGCCAUCUGCUUUGUCGAAAAAACGCUCGAUUAAAAUGAAAAGCAAAAUUAUCUCGAAAACUUCUCAUGUAGCAUCGAAUUUUUGUAGACAGCUACGUAAAUGA